AUGAACACCACUGUUACGAACACUGCGGAGGAGAAACCGCUUUUGGCGAAAGCCAGAGGCGCGUUGGACUCUUCUUCCUCCGCGUCGACGUCUCUCGUCGCGAAUGGAUUUUCCCGCGCGAGCAAAAUGGUUGCCGGCGCGGCCGGUCUCGCCUUGGUCUCCGCCGGGACGCUUUCCGCGUCGAGAGCGCACCAAGCGUUUAACGGUCUCGGUUCUGCGGCAUCUGCGGACGUGGUCACGUUAACCUUGGGGUGUUCACCGACCGAUUUGUUAUCUUUGUUGCCGUUUGAACCGAAAAGCUGGACAAAGGCUGAGGUUGGAGUGAAAUUCGUCUCCUCCGCGAUGUCGAAAACGUUUGAUUUCUCGCAAGCGAAAGAGAUGGUUUCGACGUCGCAAUGCGGGGUGUACCAACUCCCGUAUCAAAUGAGCGAGAACAGCAAGUUUGGUUUCUAUUUAUACGAGAAAGGGAACCCGAGCAAUCACAUGUCAGACAUCGGCGCGCAAGUGAAGGGCGGUCCGGUGACGGAGUCGUCUAUUCGAGCGGCGGGGUGGUUGAACGAUAAGAACGCGGCGACGAAGAACGCGAAGACGAUCGACAUCGAGGACAUGCGUAAAGCGGCGAAGAAAGACGCGCAAGAUGCGGAUGCCGCGGCGAAGAGAAUCGCGGAGAAGACGUUUCACACCAAGACGGAGACGGUGACGCAAAGAAGCGCGGCGGCGAGCGGCGACGAAGUCGUUUCCAACCUCGGCUUGGUCGAAACGAGAACGUAUUCUAACUUUAACGGCAACGUGAGAAUCAAGUCCGACACGAUUGCUUGCGAUGGUUUGAAGAAAACGUGCACGUUGAAAUCGUGCGCCGGUGCCGCGUGUACGGAAUACACCAAGCACGACUGCGACGCCGGCAAGCCGGGGUGCAAAGUCUCCGCGGAUUUCAAAAACCCGGCGGAUGUUGCCGUGAGAACGACCGAGGAGAAGAAGUUUUUCCAAGCGACCAUGACGCCGCAAGAAAAGACGCGCGAGCAAAACAGAGAUAUGAUCCAAAAAGCGCAAAGAGAUUUGGGAACGACGGUGGAAGUGUUGCCGACGAGAAGACGCUUGUUGUCCAAGAUUUUUGACAUCAAGAACUCCGUUCAAACCUCGUUGCCGGAAAUGGGCUACGGUCAAUCCCAUCCGACCAGAGUUAUUAAGUAUAUGGCCUCGUGCACGACGAAGCACGUCACGGAAGAUGCGGAAUUCUACCCGAGAAUCCACGACGCGUCCAACCCGGGCCACACGUACGUCUUCGGUUCGUGCUUUAACAACAGAGACCAACAAACGUGCAAGUUACCGACAGAAGUCUUGGCGCCGGGAUGCCCGGGCUCUUCCGCGACUUUAGCCAAAUCGGUGAUUAACCCAAUCACGAAAACGGCUUCUUUGUCUGGUGACUCGUUGCAUUACUUGACGAAUGACAACAUCCAAAUGGAAGUCGCGAAAUGUUUAGGCGACGACCCGAUUAAAGGCGACUGCCCGAAACAAAAGUUUGGCAAGAUUUCCUCCUGGGACGUUUCCAGAGUCACGGACAUGUCGCAACUCUUCGACCACCCGCCGUUGAAGAACAAAAACGACCGAUAUUCUUCUUUCAACGGUGAUCUCGGCAACUGGGACGUCUCGCACGUCACGGACAUGAAGUUGAUGUUUAGCCGCGCCUUGGCGUUUGAAGGAAAGAACAUCAACAAGUGGGACGUCAAGAAUGUCGAAAACAUGUCUGGUAUGUUUAAACACGCGGAUAGAUUCAACGCGAUGAUUUCUGGCUGGAAUACUGGCAAGGUGCGCAAAAUGAACGUCAUGUUCCAAAACGCGUUUGCGUUUGACCAAGACAUUUCUCGCUGGGACGUCUCUCAAGUGAAUGAUUUCACGAGAAUGUUCGCGGGUACCUUCGACAAAGGUUUCGGUCAAGAUAUUACCAGCUGGAGCGUCAAACCGCACGCGAGACAAGUCGACAUGUUCUUUGAAGCGUAUAACUUCCAAUCGAAGUUUGUGUGCGACCACGUCGACCACGGACCAAUCUCCUCGUGCGUCGGCGCAGCCGCGAGCGCCGGGAAGAGCGAAUCCGAAUUAAAGGAAAUGGCCAAGAAGAAGGCGGCUGAAGACGAAGCCGACGAUGACACCGACGUCGAAGAGAAGGCAUCCUUCUUCGGUAGAUUCAAGCAUUGGUUGCAAAACUAA